AUGACCAUGACGGACACCUUGUUCUCUUCCACUGACCUUCCUCAACUUCACCUCGAAAAAUAUGACCUGGUGCCACUGAUCAACAUUACACAGCGUACAGAUAGAAUGCCUCGCCGGCAUCACCGCCGACCAGCCCUCGAAGCCAGCUCGGGGCCAGUGGCUAUCCGUGUUGGCCACCGAAACAGCAAAACCCGCUAUCAUGAAAUCCAAGUCACUGGAGCUGCUUCCGACAGAGGUCUCUUCGUCCGACUUGUGGAAGACCAAGUGAGGCACCACCCAAAUGAUCCUCUGAUCCUCUCCAUCAACGCCUACCAACCCUGGCUUGGCGACAUUCUCCAUACCUGCAUCGACGACUACUGGCAUGACAUUGCCGACCUUGAUCGUGCUGUGCAGUAUGCCACCACGAUGCAGUUCCCGGAGAAGGCUUCCAAGCGCGGCCGAUGGGUGCCUUGGACGUUCAUCAUUGAUCACAUCAACGUGCCUCAGGUCUACUACUGGAGUGUCAACAUGAACCCGCCUGUGCUGGAAGAAGCGCCCUCUCCUAGAAUGAGAGACCUCCGUUUUCGCACUGGCGUAUGGUUCUGCGGCAAAGGAGCGUGCCGUCUGAACAGAAAUAUGUCAGUGACGAUCAUCUUUACCAAACCGACGCCAGUCGCCGAACAUAUCGUGACCAGAUUGAUGUUCGACUUUCUUUGGCGCGACAGUGACUUUGAUCAGCCUCGCAAUGACGAAGAAGGCAUCUGCUGGACCUUCAGCCGCCUGUUUAAUCUUCUCACUGAUUGGCAGAACAUCAUUGGCGAGCUUCUAUCGAGACUGGACGAGGCCGAGAUUAACAGUCACGACCGAUACAUGCCAGUCAAAGCCCGCACGCGCCGAAUGCACUACGAAGUUGAUCGUAUCUACGAGAUGAAGGAGUAUCUGCACUUUCACACACGCUCUCUUGGAAAGCUGCAGAGGCUCCGAAACGAUGUUCCUGAGGGGGAAAAGCAGGACCCAUUGUGGAAUGACAUCGAAGAUUUUGUGGAAGAUCUUGGCCAGUUCGAAGCUACACUGGACGGGCUGAAAGAGCGCUUCAACAACUUGAUCGAGCUCGAAUUCAACAUCAGCAAUUCGACGCAGACCGACAAUUCGGCCUUCCUCAUGGGAGUUGCCACGCUCUUCUUGCCCGUGUCUUUUCUCGCCUCGCUCUUUGGAAUCAGCACUGUGACCUGGCCGGUGGAGUGGUAUGCUUACAUCGCCGUGCCGGUAUUCGCAUUGAGUGUAUUCUUCACUGCUGCUUUCCCAGUGGCCCGCAGACGGAUCCAGAAAGCUACAGGUCCGAUCAGUGAGCGCAGACUACAUCUGCAACCUCAGCAGUUUACAAUGCUGGGCGAAGACUAUCCUGCGAGUGUGAACGUGGCGCAUGACAACGGUGAUCGGAAAGCGCGCUUUCGACAGCAAUCUUUCUCCCAACAGCGCUCGCAGUCUGUGAAGAGAACUUAUUCGAGACUCGGAAGCGAGGAGAAAGGUUUGUAG